GCCAUCCCACUUGCAAUAUUAUAUUGCCAUAUAAGCCCAACUAGCUGCCAUCCUAUGAACCGCCCUCAGCUAUAUAUAUUUUCAAAUUGGAAGCCAAGGAAAAUUACUACCCAGCGUUGAUCAAGUUCCUACUAUACGGAGCUGUAUUGAUCAAUAAUACAGUACUAAGAAUGUAUGCAUGCAGCUAGCAUUUCUUAGUUAGUACCAAACGCUCUUGGUCCGGCCAUAGAAAUGAAGAAGAAGAGUAGUAUUAGUAGUGGUGGUGGUUACUCAUUAGGCUGCUGCUGCUGCACUAGACUGCAGCUUCUGCUCCUCUUUCUUCUUCUCCUCCAAACCCAAACUAAUAAUUUCUUCACUCAUGCAUGUCCUCACUGCGGCCCUUAUCCCCAGCCCAAGCCUAAGCCGCCACCCCCUUGUCCACCUUACCUCCCCAAGCCUCCCACUGCAAAGCCGCCACAUGUACCACCCAAGCCUCCCGCCGUAAAGCCGCCACAUGUGCCCAAGCCUCCCGUCGUAAAGCCACCAUAUGUGCCCAAGCCUCCCGUCGUAAAGCCGCCACAUUUGCCCAAGCCUCCCGUCGUAAAGCCACCAUAUGUGCCCAAGCCUCCCGUCGUAAAGCCGCCACAUUUGCCCAAGCCUCCCUCCAUAAAUCCGCCACAUUAUCCACCCAAGCCUCCUGCGGUAAAGCCUCCGUACGUAGUACCCAGCCCGCCGCCACCUGUCGUUUUUACGCCACCUCCACCACCCCCUCAGCUUCAGCCUCCUGCCAUAAAGCCUCCGUACGUACCCAGCCCGGCGCCACCGGUCGUGGUUACGCCACCUCCACCACCACCUCAGCUUCCGCCACCGGUUCCACCGCCACCGUACGUAGUAGUGCCGAGUCCGCCGCCGCCGGUUGAAAAGCCGUGUCCUCCGCCGCCGCCGCAACCGACAUGCCCGGCGGACGGGUUGAAGCUGGGCGCGUGCGUGGACUUGCUGGGCGGACUGGUCCACAUCGGAAUAGGGGGGAGCGCAAAGGAGACGUGCUGCCCAGUGCUAGGGGGGCUGGCGGGGUUGGACGCAGGGAUAUGCCUAUGCACCACCAUUAGAGCCAAGCUUCUGGACAUAAACCUCAUCCUCCCCAUUGCCCUUCGCCUCCUCAUCGACGACUGUGGCAAAGUUCCUCCCGAGGGUUUCCACUGCCCUGCUGCCUAGCCGCCCGCCCGCUUUCCACGCCGGCCGUAGUAAUUAAUCACUGCACUUAUAAUUAAGCACCGCACGAUUAGUAAUAAUACGUUAUCCUUUUCAAUUCAAAAGCCCACUCAUCGAAUUGCCCUGUACGUUUUUUAUAUGUUUACUACAAAAUGAAUUGGUCCGACCGAGACUAUGUUCGAUCGCGCUUACGUUGUUGUUUUGUACGAGGUACCUUCUCUGAUUAAUUGUUUGCCUUUAAUCAUUUCACUAAAGCUUAUCUUAUUAGUAAGUUCAAUUCUUCGAAUGCUCCCUCCCUUCAACAUUGCUUAGCUUGCUUAUUGUUACUUAUAGCAGAUAUUUGCUCAUUCCUUAA